CAUUGGUUGCUAAAUUCCAUCAUGGCGGGUGAUUUGGUGCAGACGAGAGGGAAGACGGUGGUUCUUUCAUCCCUUCCUCUGCAAAUCUUGCUGUAUCUCAAUGGCUGGUACUUUUCCCUCUUCUGGAUAGUUGAACUGCUGUUGUUCAUCUACAAGGCGACGGUGCUGCCGUACCCAGGUGCUAACUUUGCUGCAGAGGCAGUCAUACUUUUUCUCAUGGCCGGCAUUGAGUACGUCAGGUUGUUCCUUGGCAAAAAGGGCAACCUAACGGAGAAGAUCAUCCAUCUGGGCGUGUCCCUGGGCGUCGGCCUGGCCACGCUGUUCUUUGGGCUGUACCUGUUCCUGUGGCAGACCUAUGUCCUUCGCAUUGAGCUCAUUCUUGUCGCCGUGGAGAUGGCCUUUCUCUUCUUUGAGGCCGUCUUUGGACUCAUAGCGAUCAUCACAUUUGCAAGGGCAGAGUCAUUCAGAUGAUGAAACUUUGCAAAAGUAUGCCGGUGCCCAGUGAGUAUGUACUGCUAAUGGAAUCAACUUCAUUUCAUGACUUGUCUCUGAAUUGUUAGAACGUUCUAUGUGCAGAAAAGCAAAGGAACAUGCUGGGUCGGUUUCACACACUCUAGGUCUUUUGUAUGCUGUGCGUCGGUUUGGGUUGGAAUCAGAGUCAGUUUUGCACCUGUUUUGUCCCAUGAGUAUAACCCUUGGAUGUUACUGGCCCUCUCAAAGGGAAGGCUCGCAACAAAAAGCCAUUGAUGUCUGUGUUAUACAUAUUUGUUUUUGUCCUUUUUUGUGGUGAUUUUGUUCUUACUUUAUUAAGUUUUUUUGCCAUACAAAGAAACCAAUGUUUGAAGUAUGGAAGACUUCUUAGGGCUCAACCAAAGAUUUUCGUUGGGUUGUUGCCUUAGGAGUAAUAUCAAGAAGAGUUUAUCAGUAAAUGGAUUUGUACAUGUACGUAUAUAUCUACAGUGUUUGUGUAAAGAGAUCGAAUAAGUCUGUGACUGACUUCCAGAUUUGUAAUUUGGCUAAUUACAACAAAAGUACGAGUACAAGUUUAUUUCCUUGUACAUUACCUCUAGUACGUGUUCAAUAACAAGCUUUUUUCCGUUGGCACAUGGGUCAUUAAGAGAGCAACAUCCCAGAGAUUUGUGUUGUAUGGGUAUGAGUAUUUUUCCACAAGUUGAUCAUGAGUACAGUGAUUUGUUUCUCGCCGUUACGAGUUCAAGGCAGUUGUUUCUCAUGAGUAGAGUGCAAGUACAUGUACAUUUCCAAGCAUGCAAGUACCAAUUCCACUGCACUAUAAUGUCAUUCUUAGUACUGGAGGGUCCAAUCAGAAGGUGUCAGAGUACCACAUGACCACACGGUUCCCUCGGAUAUAAGCCACCCUCACUGCACACAAGCAUUUCAAAUGGGAUAGCAACCUGUGCGCCGCACGUUGUAAACUCGACAGAGGGUUCAUAUUUGCCUAAAUUACUAACUGAAUUCUUUAUCAGAGUCCCUAUCGGUCACAAUUUCUGCUGUUUCCGGCUGUCGUCGUUCAUACUGGAUACCGGCUUUGCGUUUUUCGCACACUUUUUGCCAUUUGUAAAGCUAAAACGAUUGCCAACUAUGUAAAUACAUGUACUGUGCAUGGUGCUCCAGUCUUUUCUCGUUUACUUGGGUCAGUGAGGGCAAGGGCGUCAUGGAAAUCCCCGCAUUAAUAAACCCCGCAAACCAAUGAUCAAAACGUAAUAUAUAUUGAAUGAGUUUUCAAAGUGAAUGUUGGUGUAUGCUGGCCAGGCAAUAUUUCUGUGUAUGUGAUUCUAAAACGAAAACUCGUGUAUUUGAUAUGCACUUCUUAGAAGAAUUGCAUGUCAGUGUAAAUAUGUAUUAUAUAUGUAAUUAUUGUAUAUAACCAAUGAAUCAAAUUGCAAUAAAAUCUUGUCGCGCUUGAGGUGUUUCAGUGCUACAUUCGCAGUUGUUAACUUGCAUCAUUUUCACCUCUCUUUCGCAUCAUUGGUCUAAGUUUAAGCGAUACUCGAACUCGUUUGUGCAUGUGUAUAAAUGUAAGAUGUACAUUUAUAAGCCAUUGAAGUACGAGCGGUUGAAUUUAAAGACCAUGCCGGGUACCAGUUCCAAACGGUGUAUUCGAAAGAUGUAGAACUUGUGAUUCAGUCGACGGUACAAAGCUCACUUGGAGAAAACUAUGUGGGUUCAAGGUGCAUUAUAAUUUCUUUAAAAUAUGUUGUAUUUUCUUAAAGAUUUCAUAAAUCUUUUAGCUAGCCCAUAGAGAGAGAAACUACCUGGCAGCCCCCUUCCCUGUCAUCAACGUUUGAUGAUAAACCCUCAGCAAGUGUGUAUAUUGCCACGAAAAAUGAGGAGUGAGUCGUGUUUCACAGGCCGCGUGUGCCCAUUGGGGCCCGUCUGCUUUACACCUGUGCCGAGUUCUCAUUGCUGAUUCCAUGAGCGUGGUACUCCUUAAAUUAAAAUUAUCCUUCAUGGUUUUCUGUGGAGUUAUGGUACAGUAUCUGUUCUGUUAAUUUUCAUGUGCUUGCAUGCGCUCGCUGCCGGCACACGAGGGUGCAGGGUCGCACCCCAGUAAUGAUCCGAGAGCCCUCAUUGUAAAAACAACAGUUCUCAUAAAAGUUUUAGGUCUUUUGGUUGGUAGCAUUGGCACAUGAAAUUAACAUUUCGUAGCCAGAUUGUUGUUUAGGGUGGGAGCUUCCUUGACAAAAAGAAUCGCUGUCUGAAACAGAGACAAAGUCUCAUGGCAGCCAUGUGAGUAUAGAGCAUGGGAUGGCGCUGUUUUGCUUUGGCUUUGCGAUCAGUUCGUGGUGAAGAGUUUCCGCGUAGUUGACUACUACUAAAGUAUGUAAAGAUUUCAGCAACUUUGAUGGCAGUUCCAAAGUUUAGUCCCGCCUUUUUUCUUUUCUUUUUUUUUUCAAUUUAUCGGUUGAAGUUAACACUUUCUUUCAGAUUAUCUUAAACACUGGU